UCGACGGUCUGUCCGCACUUCACACGUCAAAUGGGCAAACGGACGUCGCUUCCUUGGCAGUUGUUGCUCGUCUCGUCCAACUUGAAUUGUGGCACUUGAUAGACUGGCCAGAGCCGGAGCCGACACCAGGAAAAGCGCCGUCGUUGCCCUCCCUCGCGGAAGAGAAUUCUUCUUUACGGUGACAGUCGGCUAGCCGCUAGCUUCUCGGCUACGGUCCAGAGACUUCGCGCAUUGCUGUCGGGAUGUGGUCCGAACGCGGCUCUUUUGUCCAAGGGGUGGCCCUGGGAGGCGUCUUCAGCCUGAUGCUCUCGCUCAUGGGUAGUUUCAGCCCCGGCGCCCAGUCGGGCCCAGAGGACCGUCACCAGCACCGCCACGUCCAGGCGCCGAACAGCGAUGACCUGAAGCAACUCUCGGACUCCCAGAUGCAGGAGUUGAAAGAUCAAGUGCGCGUCUACUGCAUCGUCAUGGUGCAGCCAAAGGUUCUGGUCUACUGGGCGGCGGCCGUGGGCACCUGGACCAAACACUGCGACAAGGCCGUGUUCUACACCUCGGAGUCGUCCAAGGCCCUGGAGGCGGUGGAACUGCACGAAAAAGACGACUGGGCGAGGUUGUGUAAAGCUCUGAAACACGCGUACGAGAACGCCGGGGACCUGCGCUGGUUCUUCAUCGCGCAGCCCACCACCUUCGCCAUCAUCGAGAACCUCAAGUACCUGCUCCUCACCAAGGACCCCGGCGAGCCAUUCUACAUGGGCGAUGCCUUGAAGUCCGGGGAGCUGGAGUACGUGGCGUACGAGAGCGGCAUCGUCCUCAGCUACGAGGCCCUGAAGAGGUUCGUGCGCGUGCUGGACGACAAGGAAAAGUGUCCCAUCAAGGUGAACCGCCUGUGGAAGCUGAGCGAAGCCAAGCAGCUGGCCGUGUGCCUCAAGUACACGGGCGUGUUCGCGGAGAACGGCGAGGACGCGCGCGGCACGGGCCUGUUCAACGGCAAGAGCGUGGAGGCGCUGAUCAAGGACAGCAUGAAGAACCACCCCGACGACGUGGUGGAGGGCUGCUGCGCCGACCUGGCCGUCACCUUCAACGGGAUGACCCCGAACCAGAUGCAGGUGAUGAUGUACGGCGUCUACCGGCUUCGGCCGUACGGCCACGAGUUCCGCGACUUGCUGACGUUUGACCCGCCCGAAGGUUCGGACAAUGACUAGGACCUGCGGGUUGCGCCGGGCUCUUUUUGGGUUUUGUAACUGGAUCCUCAAUGGGGAGGAAAUCCAGGUUUUACAAGUUUUGUGCAUUUUGCACUUUGGACCUGGUUCCCGGGUGAAGGCCGCAAGACCGCUCGUUGAAUCAAGACAAAGCCGGGAACGGCGUAGGUAACGUCACGUGGGUUACCUGAAAUUUUUUUCGUCAUAUUGCUCUGUAGCUUUUAUCCCCCCCUUAAUACCAAAUGAUGUUUUUGUGUGUUCCUAAAGUUGCAUAACUGGACACAUGAAAUAGACAUCAGAAAUCUCAUUUCAUGUUUUUGACUGCUCUAGAUUUACAAUGUAUGUGCGUUCGGUACCUGUCGGGUACAUUAGUGGAUUUUUUUUUUUUUUUUGCGGGUGGGAGCUGGUACUCCCCACUCCCCCCUUUAAAAAAAAAAAAAAACAACCUACAAAGCAGUUCUAAUGGGUGUCCAUCGUAUGUGGAUUUUCAGCAUUUGAAUGUCCGGGGCCUUGUCGCACUUUGCCGGGUUUAGCGGACGUCCAACGUAAAUAGAGGUGUGGUUAAAAAAAAAAAAAGAAAGGAAAAAAAAAGUGAUUCAAUAGCACAGCCUCGAGAACAUGUGGCAUUUGAUCCGGAUUAGAACGCACUUCUAAAAAUCAAGUACACUCCUCGAGAGUAUGGAAAAAAAAUCUUGAAUCCAAAUUUGUCCACGACUCUUUUCAUUUGGAGGAAAUCCUAAAUGUAACGACAAGUAAAAGGCUGAAAGGGAAGGGAAGGCUCAUCACACAGAUUAGAGACUCAAUUUGGGUGACUGUGCGUUAAUCGUUGUAAGAAAAAAUGGGGGAGACAUGAAAGUGGAUUCCAAAUCCUGUCAAUGAUGAUUAAAGACAGUUUGACUUUCUACUUCUGUGGAACUUCUGUCACGGCCAUUUUACUGUCGCUGAAUUACAGUCGUAAAAGUGUCGGGUCUGUUCAUGUUACUCCCUCACCUCAAAUCAAGAUGAACUUUUUCAAGGAACGUAAAUUUGACAUCGCAGAAGUGUUGCUAACAAACAAAAAAAAUGGAAUGAAUAAUAACAAAUCCACAAUGUGUCUAAAAUAAGGCUUCUUUCCACUCUCGAGCGCAUCGGGCGUCUGCCGAAGGCAGUGAAAUCAUACCCCGCUCCAUUAGCAAAUAUUUGUAGGACGACGCGGAACGAUGGAUACUACUUUGUCGAGCGGCAAGAAAAGCAGUCUACUAGACGGUAGUAUCUUUAUCAGGCCUUGGAGCCGCUAAAAAGUUACUGGUUUGUAGCCAAAACUGCUUUCCUGAGUAAAAUUAGAUGUCCCAGUAACAAAGAUAAUCAGAUUUUACACCAUACAGAAAUCUGAAAAUAUUUACUGCUGAGGAUUUGGACAAUUUUAACUUGGCGUUGAACUUUUUGUACCCUCCUUGCUUCUCUCCAUGACGUGCGUGCACUCGUGGUGAACCACGAGGCGCUCUGAAGUAGCCACGCCAGCUUGAAGCACCGAUCUGCACACUGGCUGUCAAGUUGGCCAUUAAUAACUUAAAAAAUAAACCUCACCUCCUUGC